ACCUCCUUCAUCGCAGCGACCAGCCACCGCCUUCGCAGCGUCCUGGCUCACAGCUCUUGUCUAUCGCUCCACAACGCAUCGCCCGCCGGCCUCGCCUGCCGCCGCUGCCGCCAUGGCCGCGCCUGCUGCUGCGCCCGGCGCGCCUCUGGCACCCCUCACCCUCGCGCCGCUGGAGCGUCCCGCCUUUGCCGCCCUCUUCGCCGCCGCCGACCCGACGGGCAGCGGCAUCAUCACCGGCGCCGCGGCCGUCGAGUUCUUCGGCCGCUCGCGCCCGCCGCUCGCGCCCACGCUGCUCGGCGCCAUCUGGAGCAUCGCCGACCGCGCCAACAACGGCUUCCUCGGCAAGGCCGAGUGGGCUGCCGCCAUGCGCCUCAUCGGCCACGCCCAGCGCGGCACGCCGCUCGAGCGUCUCGAGGCCAUGCUCAGCCAGCCCGGCCCGCCGCCGGCCUUUGAGGGUGUCGUGCUGCCCGGCGGCGCCUCGGCGCCCGGCACGCCGGUGCGCAACGGCUCCAUCAGCGGGCCGCCCGGCGCCCUGGCCACCAUCACGCCCGCCGACCGUGCUCGCUACACGCGCAUCUUCGCCAGCGCCGGUCCGCAGAAUGGCAUGAUUGAUGGCGAGAAGGCCAAGGGCAUCUUUGUGCGCUCCAAGCUGCCCUUUGAGCAGCUCGGCGCCAUCUGGAACCUGGCCGACACGCGUGCUCGCGGCGCUCUCGACCUGACCGACUUUAUCAUCGGCAUGCACUUCCUGCAGGCGACGAUGAACGGCUCGCUGGCCACGCUGCCGGCGCAGCUGCCGCCGGGCCUGUACGAGCAGGCCUCGGGCGGGACUUCGCUGCCGCUGACGGCGCAGAACACGGGCGGCAGCGCCAGCGGAGCCCUGCCACGGCAGCUCACCGGUUCGGGUGGCUACCUGCCGCGCCAGCUCACUGGACAGCAGGGCUACGGCACGCCCGUGUCGCCGCAGGCAUCGGGCAUCCGUGCGCCAGGCACGGCGAGCUUCCUGUCGCCACAGCGAACCGGCUUUGCUGCGCAGCAGGCGGCCGGCGGCGACUGGAGCGUCUCGGCUGCCGACAAGGCCAAGGCGGACCGCUUCUUCGACGGCCUCGACACGGAGCGCAAGGGCACGCUCGAGGGCCAGGCUGCCGUGCCGUUCUUCAUGCAGAGCGGCCUGCCCGAGGCGACGCUGGCGCACGUCUGGGACCUCUCCGACAUCACCCAGUCCGGCUCGCUCAGCCGCGAGGAGUUUGCCGUCGCUAUGCACCUCAUCAAUGGCGCCCUCGCGGGCCAGCAGAUGCCGCAGGAGCUGCCAGAGGCGCUUAUCCCGCCGACAUUGCGGGGCCAGAACCUGCCGGCUGCCGUCAACCCGCAGGAGUCCGACACACAGCGCGAUCUGUUCAGCCUGAUGGACGACGACCCGGCGCCGCUGCCGGUCAAUACGGCGUCUGCAUUCAUCACGCCCGCUGCCUCGGCGCCGGCUCGUGCAGCUGCGCCCAAAUCCUCGGGUCCCUUCGACGACGACUUCUUCGGUCAGCCUUCGAACUUCGCCGCGCCGCAAUCCGUCACCUCGCCUGUGCUCUCGCCGGCACCGACUGGCACCGCUGCCGCCCGUGCGGCGGCCAGUGCUGCGCCGGCCACGCCGAUCAACGAUGCUGGCGCCGAGGCGGGCAACAAGCGUCUGGCGAUCGACAGCACGCAGAAGAGCGUCAAGGAUCUGCAGGCCAAGCGCACCAACCUCGAAGGCAGUGUGGCGUCCAGCGCUAGCAGUAUCGCCGAGCUCGAGUCGCGGCUCGCCAGCCUGCGCACGACGCACGAGGCCGAGACGUCGGCCGUGCGUGCGCUCGAGGAGCGUGCGUCCAAGCAGGCGGCAGAGCUCAAGACGCUGCGCGAGGACGUGAUCCGCAACGAGAGCGAGCUCAGCGCGCUGCGGGCCGAGAAGGACGAGGUGGAGCAGACGGUGAUGCGCGACCGCGAGGAUGUGCGCGACAUGAAGAAGCGCAUGGGCGAGGUGCAGAACGAGACGAUUGGCCUCAAGAGCCAGCUGGAGAAGCUGCGCAAGGAGGCGCGCCAGCAGAAGGGCCUCGUCGCCAUUUCGAAGAAGCAGCUUGCGACGGCCGAGGGCGAGAGCGAGAAGCUCCGCAGCGACAUUGCUGCCGUUGAGGCUGGCGAGACGGCCGCCGAAGAGGUCAAGUCGCCGACCAUUGAGCCGAUCGGCAUCAAGUCGCCCGAGGCCGUGCUGAGCCCGGCGGCAAGCGUCCGCAGCACGAACCCGUUCGACCGCUUCAACCCCGUCUCGUCGCCCUCGUCGCCCGCCACGCACAACAACGCAGCGCUUGCGCUCGGCGGUGCCGCCGCUGGCGGCGCGCUCGGCCUCGGCGCGGCUGCCGCUGUGCACUCGCACGAGGAGGCUUCCUCUACGCGUGCAGUCGGUGCGCCCGAGGGUGCCGAUCCUUUCGGUGUGCCGCAGACGUCUCAGGAUGCACAGCCCGACUCUCAGGCGCCCGCUGCGCCGUCCGCCGCAAUGUUCGACGACAGCUUCGGCAACGACUUUGACGCGCCGGCCGCUGCGCCGCCUGCAAGUAGCCAGGCUGCAGCUCCGGCCGGCUCGGCGUUCGACGAUGCCUUUGCCGACUUUGACGACAAGCCGGCCGAGUCUGCUGCUGCGCCGGCGACGAACGACGACACGCUAGCGGUCAGCCGGCCCGAUGCGACGCGCCAGCAGUCGUUUGACGACUUUGAGGCCAGCUUUGCGCCGCCUGGAGCCCUUGACAGCUCUGUGGUGCAAGCGCCGGCUGCGGCAACGGCACCGCAGGACGAGGCAAGCGUACCUGCGCCGACUGCCGACGAGAUCGCGACCGACGCUGACGUGAUCGACGAGGCUCCGACGGCCGACAAGGGCAAGGGACCGGCUACAGCCGACGACGACGACGACAGCUCGGAUGAAGACGAGGGCCCUGAAGACCUCGAGGCGCCGCGCACCGCAAGCCCGGACGAGGACGGCUUUGGCAAGAGCACCGACACCAGCACCACCACCGGCGCCGGCGCUGCGGCUGCGCUGCCAGCUGCGCAGAACGUCAACGUCGCGGCGGAGCGCUUCCCGGAGCUAGACGACGCCGACGCGGCUGCCGUCAUUGCCGGCUCGACUGCGGGCCAGCCGCAGCCUGCCUCUUCGACUGGCUCGGACGCAUUCCUGGCCGCGACGGCGCCGGUCAGCUCGCAGCACACUGGCGCAUCGGGCAGCGGCGAUGCGUUUGAGGAUGCGCUGACUGGCGAUGCCACGGCUGGCUUCGGUGCCGCUGCUCCGGCGUCGUCUGCGCCCAGCGGAUCCGCAGCACUUGGCGCACCCAGCGCUGCCGACCGCUCCGUCAGCCCGAACAAGACGCGGCGCGCCCCGCCGCCGGCACCAGUGCGCCAGAACAGCAUCGCAGCCGGCAGUCCCUUUGACGCGCCAGCCACGCUGCCGCCGACGACUGCUGCGCCGACGCACGCGCCGCAGACGGCCUCGUUCGACGACUUUGAUGCGGCUUUCGAGGAUCUCGGACCGGUGUCCAGCGCCGCGCCGACGAGCAGUGCGCCGGCCGCAGCGAUGCCCGGCUUCGACGAUGCGUUUGGCGACGCCGACGAUUUUGACUUUGUGCCGAGCUUCGACGCCGCCAAGGCCAGCGCGCCGGUUGCACCGGCGGACGCCUUCAACAGCGCCUUUCCGCCGGCUGCAGGCGGGGCCGACGCACAGACGGGCGGCUUUGGCUUCGACGACUUUGCCGCGUCGUUUGGCGACCCGCCGGCGGGCGCCUCGACGGCCGCAGCAGGCGGCAGCGGCGCCGGCUCGGGCUUCUCGUUUGCCGACGAGUUCAACCCCAGCCAGCCGGCUGCGGCCAGUGCGGCACCGCCGAUUCCGGCACGCUCGCAGACGUCGGGCCACAAGGCGACGCCCUCGGGUGCCGAGCCGGACGACGCGGGGCCCGUCAAGAGCCUCACGUCGAUGGGCUUUGACCGCGAGAAGGUCAUCCGCGCGCUCGAGGCGAGCAACUACAAGGUCGACCGGGCUCUGGAGAAGCUCCUCGCCUCUGCCUAGCCGCCGCCAUCUUAGAGACCUGCCUGCUCUGAAUGAUACUAGAUUACAGUGACA